ACGGAUGGAGCCUACAAUGGUCACACUGCGGGGUUGGGGGCAUCCGAGGCGGCCCAGCCCUGCCAGGGACAUAACCUCUGGCGCCCCGCAGGUCUCCAGGCCUCGGUUUUCCCGGUGCGACGGAGCAGAGUGGGUGCAACUGCGUCUGGAAACAGCCUGCAGGGGGCGCCAGCGAGCGCCACGACUGGAGCCCGAGCCCUAGCGGCCGCCGAGACCGCGGGAGCUGGCGCGCGAGCAGCAGGUGCCCUGAGAAUCCCGAAGCUGAACCGAGCCGUGAUGCCGCCUCCGGAAACCCUGUAGAGGGCCUGGUUUCAGCAGCCUUGUCUGUGAGAAAGCCUUUGGAGGGCCCCCCACAGGGACGCCCCUGGCUCCUGUAAGGAAGGGGCGCCAGGCUUGGGCCUCUCUGCAACGGGGGCGGGGAAGGCUGGGCUGCAGCUAUGGACCGUGAGCUGGCCCAGCCCUCGUCCCCGCUGAGCCUGCCCGUCUGUGGCCGCUCCCAACAUGGGCUCCUCGGUGUACAUCACGGUGGAGCUGGUCAUUGCUGUGCUGGCCAUCCUGGGCAACGUGCUGGUGUGCUGGGCUGUGUGGAUCAACAGCAACCUGCAGAAUGUCACCAAUUACUUUGUGGUGUCACUGGCAGCGGCCGACAUCGCAGUGGGCGUGCUUGCCAUCCCCUUCGCCAUCACCAUCAGCACUGGAUUCUGUGCUGCUUGUCACGGCUGCCUCUUCUUCGCCUGCUUUGUCCUGGUCCUCACACAGAGCUCCAUCUUCAGCCUCCUGGCCAUCGCCAUUGACCGCUACAUAGCCAUCCGGAUCCCUCUGCGGUACAAUGGCUUGGUGACCUGCACGAGGGCCAAGGGCAUCAUUGCAAUCUGCUGGGUGCUGUCAUUUGCCAUCGGCCUGACGCCCAUGCUAGGCUGGAACAACUGUAGUCAGCCAAAGAAGGACAAGAACCACUCCCAGAGCUGUGAUGAGGGCCAGGUGACCUGUCUCUUUGAGGACGUGGUGCCCAUGAACUACAUGGUAUACUACAACUUCUUCGCUUUUGUGCUGGUGCCCUUGCUGCUCAUGCUGGGCAUCUACUUGCGGAUCUUUCUGGCAGCUCGGCGACAGCUGAAACAGAUGGAGACCCAGCCUCUGCCAGGGGAACGGACUCGGUCUACGCUUCAGAAGGAGGUCCAUGCUGCCAAGUCACUGGCCAUCAUCGUGGGGCUCUUCGCGCUCUGCUGGCUGCCCCUGCAUAUCAUCAACUGCUUUACCUUCUUCUGCCCGCAGUGCAGACAUGCCCCGCCCUGGCUCAUGUACCUGGCCAUCAUUCUCUCCCACAGCAAUUCCGUCGUCAACCCCUUCAUCUAUGCCUACCGCAUCCGGGAGUUCCGCCAAACCUUCCGCAAGAUCAUUCGCAGCCACAUCCUGAGGCGGAGGGAACUCUUCAAGGCUGGGGGCACCAGUGCCCGGGCCUUGGCAGCUCACAGCUCGGAGGGUGAGCAGGUCAGCGUCCGACUCAAUGGCCACCCCCCGGGGAUGUGGGCUAACGGCGGUGCCCCCCAUCCUGAGCAGCGGCCCAAUGGCUAUGUCUUGGGGCUGGUGAGUGGAGGCAGUGCCCAAGGGUCCCGUGGGGAUGCCAGCCUCUCAGAUGUGGAGCUGCUCAGCCAUGAGCACAAGGGAAUGUGUCCAGAAUCCCCCAGCCUGGAGGAGCCCCUGGCCCAAGGCCGAGCAGGAGUGUCCUGAUGGCCCACAGAGUCUGCCCCUUCCUGAAGGAAGGAAAUUCCAUCUUUCUGGUUGGCUGCACCAGUCAUGUCAGGAGAAGAGGAGAAUGACUGCCUGCCCAGAGUCCCGUGGGCAUCUGGUUGCUGCUGUGGACUGAGAUGAAGGAGCCCCAAGCUGGAGCAGCAUGAGGCCCAGCAAAAACGGUGGGGUCCGGGGAAACAUGUUUUGUGCUCUGAGGCCCUGCAACUAUGCCAGGGUUGCAGCCCCAACAGCAUGUUGGCUUAGCAGGGCCCAGUCCUCCCUCCAGAAGCAUCUAGAAGUCUCACAUUGUCUACAGAACAGCUGUGGCUUAGCAGACUGGGUUGGCCUUGGACUGGGCAACGGCUGCGACAGACAUGCCACACACACCACCUUCCUAGGGCUUAGACCCACACGCACCACCUCCCUAGACUCUAGGGCUUAGGGAGCUGCUGGCCAGAGGUGGCAUUUGAGUAUGUUUUCCAGGAGAAGACAUGAACAAGGAAGUCCUUUUUAUUUUAUUAUCCUCCCCUCCCUGUCCUCUGCUAACCUGGCACCAGGAGUCCGCCCAGGAAAUCUCAGGCAGCCCUCUCCACCUGCCAUACGCUACCAUGCACUUAGUCCCAGGGCCAUCUCUCGGGGGCAACAAAUCUGGGCUGGACAAUGGGGAGCUGUGAUGGGAACAGGGCCACGCUGUGGGCUAGGCUUCAGGGAGAGGUUAUGGCUAGCAGGCCAUGGGCCUGUGCCUGGAUAACUCUGAGCUGCCCAAUCAGAGCCCCUGUCUAACUGCCUGUUCUUAUAAAGGGGAUGUUUUGUUUGUUUGUUUUCUGA